CGGAACGCGCCAUAACGCGAGUUUCAUAGGUUAAGUACAACCGUUGUUUAUUUCAAACUCUCUUCACAAAAAAACAAUUUUAAUGCGUCAAUUCUACGCCAGUUUAUUAAACCCGAAAAGACCUAAUUAGGACAUCCAUGAAUAAUGAAAGUGACCAUCAAAAAUUGGAAGGCGGUGGCGAAUUGGAAAUGGGUCGCUAACGACGACAGUUGUGGUAUAUGUCGCAUGCCCUUCGACGGUUGUUGUCCCGAUUGUAAAUUGCCGGGGGACGAUUGUCCCCUAGUUUGGGGCGAGUGUUCGCAUUGUUUUCAUAUGCACUGUAUCGUCAAGUGGUUGCAGUCCCAGCCAGUCAAUCAGCAGUGUCCUAUGUGCAGGCAGGAAUGGAAGUUUAAUAAUAAAUAAGUUGUUUAAUGUAAGUAAAUAUUUGUGUUUUAUUUCACACACAAUAUUUGUGUUUAUUUGUUUUAUGUAGAAACUAGUAUAUACUUUUGCUGUAGGAUAUGCUUUUUAAAAUAAAAAUGAUUAAAUAAAGGUUGAUUAAUUUUUUA